AUUAAUUCACAUGCAUACUAUUCUUCAUCAAGGACUUAGAAUCGAAGGAAUUUAUUGAGCCAUAACGAUUCAAAGUCGUCUCCAACUUUAUUAGUUACACGUCGAACUUAUCUAUCAUUUUUUUUAAUCGAAAAUAAUUAUUGUUGUUCCAUAGUUUUCAUUUCUCCUCAUUGAACUUGAUAUUUACUUCAGAAGGAAUGCGAUUCAGUUCUAUUGUUGCCUAGGCAACGAUACUGGUUACUUCAGUCCUGUUGAAUCAAUCUCCAGACUCAUUGCAAAGUUUUUCUUCUGUCAUACGAUAUAAUUUUGUGAUUAAAUUAUGGCGAAGUCUGUGACGGUUUACGAAAAGCCCACAUCACACUUGGGAUUACCAGAUUGGUAUGCAACGCAGUGGCAAUUACAGCAGUCGGCAAAAAAACAAAUUUCCGACUCGUUCGAGCUUCGAAAUACAGCAAGGACAGUUCGCAAUGAGACAGCCAUUCGUACAGAUUGGGAUACUCGACUGAACGACGCAAGGCUAGACGAUAGAGUCAAGGAGUUGAAGAAAUGGCAGGAAAUAUUGGAAAAAUUGUCCUCCAUUUUGUCCUCUGAAAUGAAACAACUGAAGGAUGAACAAUCGGAGAGUGAGAGAGAUCUGGAUAAUAUCGAAUUACCCCUGCAAGUCGUGGCCCAAUGUAUUUCAAUGCGAGAUUGCAGAAGAGGAACGGAAUUGACUUACGACGAAGCAGACACUGAACUCAAGAAAGAAUUGACUGUAGUGGAAGCUGUGAAGAAAAGUCUCACUGAGAAAAUUCACGCUGCCUGGGUAAAGUUGAAUAAACUGGAGGAAGUGAAGUUCCAGUUGAAUUUGGACAUCAACGAUAAGACAGAGACUCUUGCGAUUGAUGGUGAUAACUUAAUUUUGAACCGAAAUUCUGGGGGAAUAAGUUAUAAGCCAAAUGCAUUACGAAUACCAAAAAGCUCCAAUACAUACGAGACCUGGCAGGGCCACUGUCGAUACAUAAAAUCUCUCGUUGAAAAUGAACUGAAAGAUACUUUGAGCUUCCGAGAGGCUCUGAAUGUAAUGCGUAAACGUGUUAAAAUUGAUACUGAGGCGCAACAGGACGCGACUGACUAUGCAUUACGAAAGCGUAUAUAUCAAACGCAAAAAUCAAGAAAUGAAAUGGAAUGGCAGAAGAGAAAAAUGCAGGAGGAAAUGCAAUCAUUGAUGAAGGAAUUGACUCGCCUCGAAGAGGCACUCAGAAACAAAGUCGAUGCUGUCAAAUGCGCUGAAACUAGACUGGAGAAUCGCACCUACAGACCUGGAUAUGAAUUAUGCAGGGACGAGCCAGAAUUUGGUUUAAAUGAUGAAGUUCUUCAGCUUAGAAAAACGAAAUCGGAACUCAUGGCUAAAAUCGACUGCGCAAAGGCAACAUUCAAUAGACUUGAAUCUCUCCUAAUCCAAAUUGAUCGUAAUCUCGACGACAAACAACAUUCCUUAAUGACAGAUAUUAUGUGCCUGGACAUGAGAGCAACAUUGAAAACUGGAGAUAGAUCACCGCUGAUCAAUGAAACGGAACGUAACAUUAAGUUGACUCAUCUUGAGAACGAGAUACCCUUGGAGCUGUAAUUUUCGUAUCUCUAUACGUUAUGAUCGACGCCCAUUUUUCAUCCAAUCACUACAAUUAA